AUCUGACCAAGAAAAGGGGGAGAAAGCAGAAACCAGCGUUGCUUGAAUGGGCUCUGUGGUGGGGGGCGAGUGCUGACUGGAGCUGGCUGGCCAGGGCGGAGGACAGGGCUUGUAGGAGACUGAAUCAGGUUGCCCUGGCAAGGGUGCUUACAUAUGGAGCUGCCAAAGUAGAGGACAGUUCAAGACAGAUGCCCCCAGAGAUGAUGGAAACCAGUGAGGCACCAUCCCGUGAGCCCACUGCCAGUGUUCCCAUGGACAGCAAUAUAGCGGCCAUUAUCAUAGCUACCACAGUUUCUUCUUCCGUAUUCAUCGUGGCCAUUUUGGUGCUGCUGCUGCUUUUGUAUCACCGGGACCCUCUGUGCUGCCAGUUCCUGUGCUCCUGCCGUUUCUUCCAGAACCCCAGUCAGUAUGAUUGCCCUCCUCCAUACUUCAGUAACAACCAGAGAUUGGCGGGGCUCCAGCCUGGAACUCAGCGUCUGGAGAGCACGGCUGAAAAUUCUGGCACUGUACAGGGAGACGAACUCUUCUGUGUUGGACCCCCCAGCAGCUAUCAGCUGCCUCCAUGGGAACAGCCACGCCUGCCAAGCUACGAGAGUGUGCGGAAGAAAGAUCGGCAGCGGGAAAUCCACCAGAUGAUUGCUGAAAGGUUUGGUUUGUGGGCAGAAGUCUCUCAAGAGUUACCACCUCCCUAUGAACAGGCCUUGAGGUAUCCCGCAGCGUUAUCAGGAACUGGAGCAGGUUCAGAGUUGUCAGCCAGACAGAGCUUGCCUGACAUGCUCCAAGCCUCGCCCACAUUCCAGCCUCACAGAAACACUUCCGUAUAGGCUGGGUCAGUCCCCUCAACCGCCUCUGGGACAGCACGAAGCAUUUGCUUUGUGGGUUUCCGUCCCACAAUGCACUCUGCUAAACCCUUUUCCCAGUGCAACAGUAGCUGAAAGGAAGUGCUCGGUCUAGAACAUUCCAGACAAAGUCAGCCAAGUUCUUUGCUAGCACUGAGAAUGAACAACGCAAGAUCUCUCUGGAACCGAGCCUGAAAAUUGCUAUGUAAUGGAAGAAAUGACUUGAAGAAUAGAAUCUCUUCUUUUUUGAGGGAUGAGAGGUUGGGGAAACCGCUAUCUGGAAUGGUCUAGAUCCAGGGAGCCCUGCCACCCAGUAUAGAAAACUGGACCUUAAGGAUGCUUUCCUGCCCUAGAAAUAAAUGAGCCAAGUACAUAUGCUUCAGGAACUUCUGCUCCUGUGGGAGUGAUAUAUUAAACAAAGCCAGUCAGAAGAUUACUAUGUCCUUUUAAACAGACAAAGUUUCCUAACCAAAGAACAUCCUUGGAGGACACACAGGGAGCAUCUAUGAGCUAAAAAGGCACCUCUGUGAAACCCCCCCAAGAACUGCCAAACCUUCGAAGUAUUAAACCUCAAAAGGACAGCAUUUCCAUUGUCUUUUGGGUUGAACUCUUGAUAAGUGACUUGGAGCUUUGAGUGACGGAAUGAAUGUAUCUUGCCCGACAACUGUCUCAAUCAACUCAGCCUUAUCCCUUGGACAAAUUCCAGUGGGAUUCUCCUCCACUUCCUAC